AUGUCGAAUAACAAUUCUAUUAAUAUUGAUUCAAUUUCAAAUCGUAUUUCAUCAAACGAUUUUCCAUAUAAUUUUAAUGAUGGAACUGCACAUUUAUUAUCCAAUCAAAAGCUUAUUAGAUUUUGUCCUACUGUGGCUUUUAAUAAUAUUGUAAAAUGUAAAUUAACACACUUUUUGUAUACAAACAGUUAUACAAAAGGUUAUUCAUAUGGAUUUGAUUAUCCCCAUUGUCCAUGUGAUGACUCGUCAACUGGUUGUCACUUAUAUUUAUCUGAAAAGUUAUCCGAAUUUAAUUUUGACAGUAAACAACUUUCAUUUACAACUUUACACAUCGACAAAAAUACAAAAAUAACAAAUGCAAAAAUUAUAAAAACAGUGAUGAUGAGUGACGAUGUUGUACUCAAUUUAUAUGGCGAUUUUACAUUGUCAAAACUUUCAUUUUCUGUUGGAGAUGUCGUUGUUUACCAAUUUACUAACACACAAAGUACCUUUCAGUACAACUCGACAAACCACCAAUUACUUUGCACAAAUAAUAUUUCAAGUUACAUAACAGUAAAUAGAGAAAUUGAUAAUAUCAUAAUCAAUUGCUCGGGUAUUAUAAACACAAUUGAACUGUCUGGUGACAAACUUGUGUACAUCACAAAAGAAGUAAAACAAGUUGAUGAAAUUAUAUUUACAAUAUAUGAUAACGAAAAACCAAAAACGUUUACUUUUGUUUUAGAAAGUGAAAACACUGUCUUCGGAACACCAAUAUAUAAUAAUUGUAUGAUUAUCACAUUAAUACCAAAUGAAAAUAAGUGUUUAAAGUGCAAUUCCAAAACUCGAUUGUGA